AUGGAGGUGGAGGGAAGAGGUGAUUUCGUCUUGAAGGAAAAGCUUAGGCUAUUAAAAGAUAAAUUAAAAGAGUGGAACAAGGAGGUGUUCGGGAGGAUAGAGUUGGAGUUGGAAGAGUGCGUGCGAGAAAUUAAUUUGGCGGAUGAUAGGUUGGACACGGAUUCUUGUUCUUCAUUCUUAGCUAAUCUUGAGUUGAGAAAAGAGGCAAAUGGAAACUUUUGGAAGAACCUUAGGAUUAAGGAAAAUAUGCUUAUUCAAAAAUCAAGAUCUAAGUGGCUUAAAGAGGGAGAUGCUAAUAGUGGUUUUUUUCAUAAAGUGAUGAAACAAAGAAGACGUCAAAAUCAUUUAGGUCCAAUUAUCACACCCGGAGGUUUGAAGGAAUCGGUGGAGGAUGUUAAAGAAGAGGUUUGGAAUCACUUUGGAAAUAAAUUCAUUGAAACGGAGGAGGUUAGACCGGUGUUGGAUGGUAUAUUCUUCAAAUCCAUUAGUGCGGAGGAAGCGAUGGAUUUAGAAAACCAUUUUCUUGAAGGAGAAAUUAAGGAAGCGGUUUGGGAAUGUGGGGCGGAUAAAAGUCCGGGUCCGGACGGGUAUUCCUUUCUUUUCAUCAAGAAAUGUUGGUAUUUCAUUAAAGAUGAUUUUUUGAAGUUCUUUAAUUAUUUUUUUGAUGGAAAAUCCAUUUCCAAGGCUAUCACUUCAUCUUUUCUUUCUUUAAUUCCGAAGACUAAUAAUCAUAGGGGUGGACAAGAAAUACUCAACCGACCGAAACCCGGUCUAACCGUUUAG